AUGUUGACCGCAACGGAUAGCCACGUAGUCGGUACAGCCAUCGCGGCCGACAGCCCUGCCGUCGGUACAAUCGUCGCGGCCGAUAGCCCUGCCGCAAUAAGACCAUGCACUUUGAAAAUCCUCAUGUUCCCAUGGCUAGCUCAUGGCCAUAUAUUCCCUUAUCUCGAGCUAGCCAAAAGACUCCUCAGCAGAAAAAACUUCCACAUCCACCUCUGCACAAUCAUCGUCAAUUUCCCCUCAAUCCAAGACUUCAUUCUCAAAAACUCUCUUCAACACUCCAUAGACUUGGUCGAACUCCAUUUGCAGCCAUCGCCGGAUCUUCCCCCGCACCACCAAACCACCAAAAAUCUUCCCUCGAACCUCAACAUCCCGGCAUUCCAUUUCCUCCCCCUUGGGACUGCCACCACAUCCUACGUCUACCACCACUACUACUCCACCGAACAAACCUUUCCUUUCCCGGAACUCCAUCUGGCCGACCACGCGAAGGAGAGCAUGGACUCGUUCACCGAGUUUCUAAAGGACAACAUCUUUUUCGAGGACCGGAACCCUUUCAUCAACUUCGAGCUGUCGUCCGGUGUUGUCCUGAUGAAGACGUGCCGUGCGUUGGAGGGGAAGUACAUCGACUACCUCUCUGGAGCCUUCCGGAAGAAACUCCGAACCGUGGGCCCGCUUGCCGCCACCGUCAUCUCGGGAAGCUCAGAGAUUCUACGGUGGCUGGACGGGAAGGGCCCGCGCUCGACCAUGUACGUCUCGUUUGGCAGCGAGUGCUUCCCAUCCAAGGAAGAGAUGGCAGAGAUAGCGAGGGGGCUCGAGUCUUGCCAUGCAAGCUUCGUGUGGGUGGUUCGGUUCCCGGCCGAAGGGUCGAUUCCCCUUGAAGAGGCCCUUCCGGAAGGGUUCCUCGGGAGGGUGGGGGAAAGGGGGAUGGUCGUGGUCGGGUGGGCCCCGCAGGCGGAUGUGCUGGCGCACCGUAGCACGGGAGGGUUCGUGAGCCACUGCGGGUGGAGCUCGUUGAUGGAGAGCGUGUACUAUGGGGUGCCCGUCAUAGGCAUGCCGAUGAAGCUUAACAUGUUCAUAGAUGUUAAGAUGAUGGUGGAUGCCGGUGUUUGUGUGGAGGUCGAGAGGAAAGGGAAUGGUGAGGUGUAUAAGGGAGAAGAGAUAGCGAAGGCGAUAAAUGAAGUGAUUGUGGAGAAAACGGGAGAACAGAUGAGGGGAAGGGCGCUUGAGUUGAGCGAGAAGAUGAGGGUGAAGAAGAGGUGGAGAUGGAUGCAACGACUUGUAAACAAAGCUCCCACAACAAAUCACUCGUUGCAUCCAUCUCCACCUCCUCUUCCACCCUCAUCUUCUCGAUCAACUCAAGCGUCUUUUGCCUCAUCCGUUCACAGUGACACGAUCAAUUCAUCACCCAUGCCCGAGAAAGAAAUGGUUGAACUUCAUGAUGACGAGAGCUUGGAGAUGAGGGCCAAAGGUGUUGUGACCAACUCGUCAUCAGCCAUCGUUGCGUUCCAAGAAAGACAACUCUCGACAUCUAUGGAGAUCGAGAAAACCGUUUAA